AAUUUAUUUAAAUAUGAUAAUUAUAAGACUGUCUCGUCACUUCUCAAAAAUUAAGAAGGACUUGUUAACCAACCCUGAAUUUGAUAAAAUCCACCCUGAAUUUUUAGAUCAUAAACCACCUACUACUUUACAUAGAUAACCUAAAGAAGUGCCUUAUAUAAAAUCUCUUUUCAGAUAUAAGGAUAUUGCUAUACCAAAUUUUGAAAAUGCUUUACAUUAAAAUGUAAAAUAAUAAGAGUAUAAGGAAAGUUUAAAACAUUUGUUGAAGGUCAUAUAAGUCCAAAAGGUGCAUUGAAAAAUUUAUCAGAAGAACAAAUUAAAUAAAUGUAAACUUAAGUUACUAAAAAAUUGCAAGAAUUAGAAGAUACUGGACUUUCAAGAGAAGAAAUCUUAACAAAUGGAGUCAAUGUAUUUAAAUAAUUAAAAAAAUUAGAAAGGCAUUCCAUUAAGUUAUGAUGCAUUUUUUUAGUUGUUAAAAAAUAAUGAGUAAGCUCGUUUAAUUUAUUUGGCACCAGGAGAAGAAUUCACUGUUUAAAAAAUAGUUGAUAUUGCUUUAAGAUAAGAUAUUGGUAAGGAUCAAUUUAAUGUACCAAUAAAUAAAUAUCCUAAUAAUAUGAAAUUAAAAAACUAUGAUAAAUAAAAAGAUAUUUUAGUAAAUACAAAAGAUCACUUAGAACACGUAAAUGAAUUAAUAAGUGAUGAAGUUGUUUAUCAUCAUCAUCCUUAAUCUAGAAAACCAAUUAGAAGAGUUAAUAAUUAUGAUAUUCAUUGGAGAAAUACAGAAUUCUUAAUUUAAUUUUUAAACAAAAGUGCAAAAAUAAAAAAUAGACAUUAAACAAAUUUAGCAGAAGUUUAACAUAAAAAAGUAGCAAGAGCUAUAAAAACAGCAAAACAAAUGUGUAAUAUAUUUUAUCUAUAUAUUAUUUUAGUACUUUUACCAUUUAAUUCUUCACUUUAACCUUAUAAUAAGAAAUCACUUACUAGUUUAGAGGAUGACAUCUAAGAAUUUUCUAGAAGAAAAAUUAAUUUAGCUACAGGUUAAAUUUAUAAUGAAACACCAUUAUAAAAAAGAGAAAGAUCUUUAGAAACAUAAACUAUGAUGGAUAAUGAUUUAGAAUUAAAUCCUGGUACGCCAAGACCAAAUAAUUUGAAUGUUAUUAAAGGUAUUUUUUAUGCAGAAAAAUUAAAAAAAAAUGAAUUAGAAUAAUAAGGAAUCAAAUUAUCUAAAGAAGAAUAAGAUCUUAGAAAUUAUAGAUUUAAUGGCAAUGAAACAAAAUUCUAGGCUUUAAGAGAUGAACAAUUGCUUAAAUAAGAAAUUUAAAAAGAAAUUGAGGCUAAAGAUGGAGAAUUUGUAGAAGAAUUUAAUUAAAUAAAAGUAAAUAAUUUUAAUAUGAUAGUCAAAUGUUGAAAAAAUACCAACAUACAUGUUAAGUUAAGCCUUUAUAAGUGAGUAAACUUUAUAAAUGGAAACCUUGCAGGAACUUGUAUAUUAAAAAUAAAAAUAAACGUACACUUAUGAUGAAAGUGUAAGAAUAAUUGAAGAAGUCAAAUCUAGAUUAAAUAAGUGAUAUUGUUAAU